GCUAUGGAGAGCUAAAUGGUAACGCAGGAGAAAGAGAAGUGUCACUAAAGGGCCUGUGCUCUGAUGAAGCCACCACCCCAGGAUCCAGGGUACCCAAUGGCAGCCAGCAGCUCACAGAUGCUAAUGUCACCCCAAAGCAGACCGUGAAGGCCAGUGCUUUGGGUAAGGCUGGAAUCAAACCCAAGAACUUCAUUCAGAAAAAUAGCAUGGACAAAAAGAAUGACAAGUCCUAUGAGAAUAAACUUAGAGAAAGCCAAUCCUCAGACAAGCCAGAGGGAGUGUCUAUUCCAAAUGGUGUAGUAACCAACAAUUCCAGCUACAUCACAAAUGGCUACAUAGGCAAAGGGGCCGACAACGAUGGUAGCGGCUCUGAGAGUGGAUAUACUACGCCGAAGAAACGGAAAGGCAGGCGCAACAGUGCCAAGGGUUGUGAGAACUUGAAUCUAGUGCAGGACAAAAUAAUGCAGCAGGAGGUCAGUGCACCAACCUUGAAACAGGAACUUGAGAGUUUCAAGCCUGAAUAUAGUGAACAAAAGGGGAACCGAAUUGAAAAUACUAAGCCUGUUUGGAAAUACGAGGCUGGGGCUGGCGGAGCAGGGCGGGGAAAGCCUGGGAUUGGGGAUGUACCGCGGAAAAACUCGGAUGCCAAACCUGGGAUUAGCAGCAAGAAGUUUGAUGACCGGCCCAAAGGGAAGCACGCGUCGUCAGCUGCAUCUAAAGAGGACUCAUGGACCUUGUUUAAACCACCCCCAGUUUUUCCAGUGGACAAUAGCAGUGCUAAAAUUGUUCCCAAAAUUAGUUAUGCAAGUAAAGUUAAAGAAAACCUCAACAAAGCAGCUCAGACCCCAUCCACGUCGUCUUCGUCAUCUUCGUCAUCUGCUGGGGAAACUCAGGCCCAGACAUCAAGUCGACUGUCCCAAGUCCCCAUGUCUGCUAUGAAAUCUGUCACUUCUGCCAGCUUCUCCAACGGGCCCAUCCUGGCGGGCACCGAUGGAAGUGUGUAUUCCCCAGGGACCCAGCCACUGCUCUCAGCUGCUGCUAGUACUGUACCAUCGACCUCCUCCGAGUCAGCGCCCCAGGACAUGAGUACACCUUCGACAGCCCUCGAACAAAAGAAGUCUGGCCUUUUUAUCUACCCUUCAAAUAUGCAAACUGUGCUUCUGGGGGCAACUCAAGUCGAUUUCCCUUCCCAGACCAAUCAGCAGAACCUGGGGGAUAUCUUCCAGAAUCAGUGGGGCUUGUCUUUCAUAAACGAGCCCAGUGCUGGACCUGAAACUGUUGUGGGGAAAUCUGCGGAUAAUCAGUUAAUGGAAGUGACAUUUCAAGGGGAAUAUCCUGCCACUUUGGUUUCACAGUGUGCUGAAAUCAUUCCCUCAGGAACUGAACAACCUGUGUUUCCUAAGGCUUAUGAGCUGGAUAAACGGACUAGCCCUCAAAUUCUUAGUGCUAUUCUUAAGCCUGGGACUGCUGUUGAGGGUGGUGUCUUAGCUUUGGAGUCACAUCACACAGGUGACCUACAAAAGGCAGACACUGGUAGCCAAGGUGCUUUAGUGUUUCUUUCAAAAGACUAUGAAGUAGAGAAUCCUCUGGCCUCUCCUACGAACAAUUUGCUAGCCUCCGCCAAAGAACAGAGGUACCAGAGAGGCCUAGAAAGGAAAGAUAGCUGGGGUUCUUUUGACCUGAGGGCUGCUAUUCUAUAUCACACUAAAGAAAUGGAAGCGGUUUGGAAUUUGCAGAAGCAAGAUCCCAAAAGGAUAAUCACUUAUGAUGAAGCCAUGGAUCGCCCGGAUCAAUGAAGAGAAUUUUAAUCCGCAUGUUUUGCCAGGAGUAAAGCAGCAAUUCUAUGCUGGGAAUAUUGUCUUAAAAGGAUCAUUCUGCUGAGGGAAAGAUGGUAAUACUGCAGUUCUAGGAUGCAUGAUGAAGUCACACAGUUGACCUGGCUCC